AUGCAGCAGCCUCAGCAGCCUCAGCAGCCUUCUCAACCUCAGCAAGUCGUUACAACUUCGGGAGAUGUUCGUGGAACUUCAACAUCUCAACAACAACAACAGCAACAGCAACAACAAUCUGGAGGAAAUGAAAGUGAGCUGAUGAUUAAAUAUUCAAAUAUCAAACAGGAACAAUCAUUCAAUAAUUUUGCGUUUUUUGUGAGUUUUUUGGGGUGCAAAAAUACAAAAAUUUUGUUUAGAUUUUUGGCAGGGCUUGAGAAUUAAAACUGAAGUCUAAAAUUUUUGGCUUGGACGGAUCUUCAGAUCUGAAAAAAAGUUGUUAAAUUUUUGAUGAUGAUUUGUUUAUGUGGUUCAGAAACCUGUAUUUGGUCUUGAAAAAUGAGUCCAAAUUCCAGCAAAGCUCAGAAUCAGAUUUUAUUUUAAAAAUUUAAUUUUUCACGCUUUAUACCUAGGUAUCAAAGCUGCCUUUAGGAUCUGAACUUUCAAAUUCAAUUUCUCGAUUUAAUUCAAGAUCUGAAUAAUUUUCUCAAUUUUUCAUGUUCUUUUUUCAAAGUUUUGAAUUUUAUCCCAAAAAAAAUGAACCCAGAUUUGGACGAAUUCCAAGAAUUGCUGUAAUUCAGCAUAAACCGGGAAAAGUUAAAUCUGAAAAUUUAUUUCUUUGCAUUUCUCUGAAGUUUGUUGUGCUCUGAUCAAGAAUUUUUAUUGAACUAUUUUUGCACGAAAUUUUUUUUGCAUUCCUCAAAUUUUCUAAAAAUAAAUUCUCAAACUCUCAAAAAAUUAUCAGAGUUCUAUAAACUCACACACUCUUCAAGACUCUUCUUUAAAAGUUUUAUUUUAGUUUUGAACUUCCAAUCUCACCAGAUUUGACUGUUCGAAUGCAUAAAACAUUUCCAAUCUCCAAUCUUUAAAACUUCAAGAAAAAAUAGAAUCCAAAUCUCAAAAUUCAUUUUUAAUUCAAUAUUUUUUUGCAGAAUGGUAUACCUCACGAUAUCUCUCCAAAUCGGAUGUUCUAUGACACAAUGCCAAAAAAUGAAAAUGGUAAGCAAGUCCCGAAAUGUUCCAUUUUCAAUAAGAAUUAUGUUUUCCCGUGUUUUCUUUCUCUCAACAAAAAAAAAAGAAGUUAUUUUAAAAUAUUCAAAUUUCCUCUCGUUUGCGAGCGUUUGCGCGGUCCGCGACAAAAUCAAGAGGAAAAAUGAGGAGAAUAGGAAUUUCUAUUGAAAACGACGAUGGGUAACUGAAUUUCCUGCUGAUUCCUUCCGCCGAUGAUUCUUUCCUUCUCCUUCCUUACUUUUCUUACUUUUCACUUUUAUUUUUGCUUCGGUUUUUUCCUCUGGAUUCUUUUUUUUGAAUUGUGGUCCCAUGAAUAGAACUUUUGGAAUUUUGGAAGAAUAUAUAUUCUGAAUUUUUUUCAGAUCAUUUCAUCGGAAUGAAUUUGUCAACAACAUCAACUGGAGUAGCCACAUCUUCUUCAUCACCGCCAACAUCAAAAGAUCAGGUAAUUAAAAGAAAAGGUGUCAAUAAUUGACGGAAAUGGAUAGAAAGCUUUAGAUCAUUAAAAAUUCCCCAAUUCUAAUAUAACGUAUAAUUUUCAGUCUCGCCGUCAAUUUUACAACGAUGGCGGAAGUACAAACAAUAAUAAAUCAGAUGUGUUCAAUAUUUCAAUGCAAGCCUUCAAUUCUCCAUCAUCAACAACAACUUCAGGCACUUCAGCAACCGCAAAAUCUGACGAUCAGAUUCAGGCACAUUUCAACACUUUGAGCUCGUAUUAUUCUGGACUUAAAUUGUCAAAUUCUACAAGUUUUUCAGCGCCAGGUUAGUUCUAUUUUUGUGUGUUUACCCAGGUUAAAUUAUUAUUAGAAAACGCGCAGUUUCUCAAAAUAAUAUUUCAAUAUCCGUCUCAAUUUCCGUUGGCUACUGUAGUUGUAGCGUGUCACCAAAAACAAUCAAGAAAAAAAAAUAGAAGAAAGCCUUCUAACUAACAAACUUUGUUUUCUUUCUUUUUUUUUGCUCGAGUUACCGUAGUUUGAAAGAGAAGCGAAAGGAUACUUUAAUUGCUUGCAUACAGAAAAAGAGUGAGACGGCGGCUUCUUGUUUAUUGUGGUCCCAUUGAAAAACGGAGAAAGAAAAGAAGCAGCGAUUCCAAAAAUGGGCAAUUAUGUUAUGUAACAUAUAUAUGUAUAUGCUCAUACAUACUUAUUUAUGAAGUGAAGAGGAAACAAAAAGUUUGAGGGGUUUUUGGAUCAAAUAGAUAUUGUACCUAGUAAAAAUAAUCGAUAUGGUCUAGAAAAAUGUCUAGUUCUUACUGUAGAAUAUCCAUAGUUUUACAAAUUUUAUUUGAUUUCAGAAAUUUUUGAAAAUCACAAAUUAUUAAUUUUUAUGUAGUCCAAUUUUAGAAAAAAUCAUUAUUUCUCAAUCGACAUAUUUUUUUCAAAACUUGCACAAAAUUCUCAUUUUAACUGUCGGUAAAUUAAAACACGCAUCUGUCUCGAAAAUUACCUUUGAUCAUUGCAUAACUCAAAAAUUCAUCCAAUUUCCUGUCCUCCUCCAAAUCGUUUCCUAUUUUUUCUCUUUUAUGCGGGAAACUAACCCGCCACCCUCUUCAAUUUAUACAUUUAAUAAUCCGUCAUAAUCUAUGUAAAUAAUAGACCCUAACAAAAAGAGUAAUAAUUGUUUUGUGUAAGGUGUCAGAAAAGAAGCCGACUCCAUAUGUUUCAAAUCUGAUGUGAUCCUUUUGAAGACAGACAUCUGCAAGUAACUAAGUACUGUAAAGAAAGAGUAAAUAAAAGAAAAAAGCAUGUUGGGAGGAAACUGAAAGUGAUAUGGAUCACAUUACUUUUUUUGUCUUUGGAGGAAUCGUGAAGGACAUUUUUGUUUAGGGGCAUUAUUUUUUUGAAAAAAUUUGGAAGUCACCUGGGGAGGAAUAGCAAAAAUGAGACAUGUGUCUUAUUUUAAUUGGUCGAAGCACUUGACCCAAGCCGAUCUUUUGAAUGUGUUACAUAAUAACAAGGCUGACAAUUAGGCCAUGUUUGAAGGGAUAAAAAAAAUAAAGUAAAAAUUUAUAUGGCUCACAAAUUUCAAAAUCUCUAUAAAUUUUUGAAAACCACAAAUUUCCAAACUUCAAGACCUUUUAUCCAGAAAGUAAGUAUAUUUACCAUAAGAAAAUUCCGAUUUUUUCCAAAUCUCCCAAUUUUUCCACCAUUAAUCAUUUCCCCCACUACAGUAACCCUAAUUUCUAGGUAGUCAAGCAUUGACAAAUUAGUGGAAUUUUGAGCCAAACAGGUGUCUGUCAGAGCACGAAAAAAAUAAGGAGAAGCCAGGUGAUUGAGCAAGAAGAAAAAGUAUGGUUGAGCAAUUAUUUGAGACGAAAAAAAACAAUAGGAAAACAAAUUGGGCAAUUAGAGGAAAUAUGAUGGACUGUUUGGUUUUCUAUUCUUUUUUCAAGAGAAGAGAAAAAAUAAGUAGGGAGAGGUACCGUAGGCUAACCUAAUAUUUGUGAAAUUUUCCGGUUGACUCAUCAAAUCUUGAGCUUGACAAAACAUGUGUUCAUUUGGCGAUAUCUAAUUAGACUUUGACUCAAGAUGGCUAACAAAUUCUUUCGCGCACCUAAAAAUUACUCAAAAAUUUGCAAAAUGGGUUUAGGAUUUUGGGGAAAAAGUGGUUCCACUUGGAACAAGUUUUGAAGAUAAAAAAUACACGUGGCACAUUUUUCAACUGUGACCAUCACCUCAUAUAAAAUGCUAUAUUUUCCAGAUCCCUAUCAAAUCUUGGGUCCAACCAGCAGAAGUUUGGCACAUUCUGGCAGUGGACAAACACAAUUAUGGCAAUUUUUGUUGGAAUUAUUAUCGGAUAGUCGAAAUGCAGAAGUGAUUACGUGGGAAGGAACGAACGGUGAAUUCAAGUUGGUAGAUCCGGAUGAAGUUGCGCGAAAAUGGGGAGAGCGAAAAUCGAAACCAAACAUGAAUUACGACAAAAUGUCGAGAGCUCUUCGUUAUUAUUAUGACAAAAAUAUAAUGGCAAAAGUUCACGGAAAACGAUAUGCUUAUAAAUUCGAUUUCCAAGGAAUUGCGCAAGCUCUCCAGCCACCAACAACAACUCAUCCACAAGAUUAUUUUAAUUCAAGUCGAAUUGCACCUGAUUUCUCCUGGACAAAUGCUGCAAAUUAUCGAUCAUUGAUUCCAACUGGCUUCAAUUCUGGUGCAAAUAUCUUCAACCCAUCAACAGUUGGUUAUGGAGCAUUUGGAGCUGGCUCAGCGGCUUCCACAACAUCUUCAACAAAUAAUCUUUCGACUAGAGCCGCAUUUCCCUUAUAUCGCUAA